AUGUUUAAUGAUAUAACACUUUAUGUCGCCGGCAUUGUGACCGCACCGAGUAUCGACAGCCUGGAGAUCAGUUUGAACAACGCAGCAAAUCAGUUGUCGCAGUGGUUUCGCCGUAAUGGUCUAGCACUAAAUCUGACCAAAACACACUUCCUCCAUUUCUACCUAGGAAGCCGCGAACCCAGACGCCUGACAGUUAAGGCCGGCGGAGUGAGCCUGGACCAAAUGGAAGCCACCACCUUUCUGGGUUUUAAGAUAGACAGGAAACUGACUUGGGAGCCCCAUAUUGACCAGCUGUCCGGUAGGCUGGGAGCCGCCUGCUUCGCGCUUAGCCGCCUGGCUCGAGUCGUGCCGCAGCACACCGUGCGGACAAGCUAUUUCGCGACCGUUCAUUCCCUGCUGCAGUACGGUGCUGAAAUCUGGGGACGCGCCGCAGAAUGGCAGCGCGCGUUCCGAUUACAAAAAAGAGCCAUACGGUCUGUGGUCCGAGUAACACAAGAAACCUCCGUAAGACCCUAUUUUAAAGAGCUAGGAAUAUUAACUCUGCCGUCGGUAGUAAUCUACCAGAUAGCGAUUUAUACCUACACCAAGUUGGGCGAGUAUAAAAAGCGCGCAGACUCGGCGCGCUCCUUACGACACCCAGAUAGGCUUCUCCCGGUGAAGCGACGACUGGCGAAAUCCGAGAACGUCACGCACGUGGCGGGCCCGACCGUCUAUAAUAGGUUACCUAAAGAAAUCACCUCAGCUACAUCCCUGAAAUGCUUUAAGACUAGACUAAAAACAUGGCUUCUUGAGCACACAUUUUAUAGUUUUAAUGAAUUUUUAAAUGUACAGAUAUUGUAG